UCUUGUGAUGUCAUCGAGGUGCGCCCUGUGUUUUGUUGCAGGUUCUUCGCACGUGCUGUGUCACAGCCCCACUGGGUAGUCUGGACUGCGCUGGCGUGUAGGGCAGCAGGGCCUCUUCAAUGUUUCUGUCUGCCUUCAGGCGGACGUUGGGCGCUGGCACGCGCUGCCUAUCAGGGCGGAGGGAGUGCGGAACAGUAGGACAGCUCGUCAAACGGAACUUCUCAGCUCAGGAUGACCACAAUUCCAAAAUGGACGAUUUUAAGUCCCAAAUUCAUAAGUACCAAAGUCUGGAGACAUACUUUAACAAGAAGCUGAGAAAAUACUACAGAAGAUUUACAGAUACAACCCAGGGUGCUGUGGUCCAUGGAGUACAGCAUCUUUACUUUGAAGAAGAAGGCAGCAUUUACAGAGUAAACCGCGCUAAUUGCCAUCAACAGCCAGAGAUUUUACUGUCUCUCUCAGCAGUAGAAAGCAAGGCCUCACUCCAACGCAUCAGGUUAUCACCUGGGGAGAAAUUCCUAGCUGCUACAGUGAAAAGUGACCAUUCAGAGGAGGCCAGUUGCGUCAUUUUAAAGCUAGGUGAUAACCCUGCAGUUGCUCAUAUCCAGAGGAAUGUCUUCAGUUUUGAGUGGGCUAGAGAUGAAGUUUUAUUUUACACAAGCCAAGCAAAUCUGCGAUCUUUACAUGUGUAUUGCCUGACAUUUGAUAAAGGCUAUCCUGAGGCAAGUUUGGUAUACGAGGAGCAGGACAGCAGGUUUUUUGUGGAACUCUGGUGCUCAAAAGACAAGAAAUUCAUCACCAUAAACUGCAAUAGCAAACGCAACUCAGAGGUUCAUCUAAUCAACUGCUUCUUUCCUUCCCGCACACCAGUUCUUGUUCAGCCUCGAACUGCUGACCUCAUCUAUCAUGUGGAUCACAGGAAUGAGGAGCUUUAUAUUCUGGCCAACUUAGGGCCGAAUAGCGAGUACCAGCUGUUGAAAACAGCAGUUUCAUCACCAUCAAUUGAGAACUGGAGGUUAAUUUACAGCCCGGGUCAAAGUGUGAAACUUGUGGACAUGGAGUUAUUUGAUCAACACUGUGUAAUACUUGCAAGGACUCCACAGUGCUUGUACCUUGAUUGUUUUCCUCUUGGCAAUGUCUCACACUCAUCCUGUAUAAUGCUUCCUCCCUGGGCAUGUGCUGUAGAAGCAGUAUCUGAACUGCAUCUCAAAGGCGAUAUUUUCCGGUUUAAACUCUCCUCUCCUGUUGAACCUCCAGUAGACUUCUUGUACAGUCCAGUUAAAAGACAGCUAUUUUCAGAAGAAGGCUUCACAAAAAAAGUUCACACUGACUGCACAAUCAUGCGCACAGAUGCUAGGAGCCAGGAUGGCACUCUGGUACCUAUGACAGUGUUUCACAUGGGUUCAGACAGGCAGCCAACCAACAGACCUCUUCUGGUGCAUGUGUAUGGUGCGUACGGUAUGGACCUUGACAUGGCCUUCAAACCAGAGAGUAGACUUUUGCUCGAUGCGGGAUGGAUUCUGGCCUACUGCCAUGUCAGGGGUGGCGGUGAACUUGGUCUAGCAUGGCACACUGCUGGAUGCCUAACAAAGAAGAAAAAUGGCCUUGAUGACCUUAAGGCCUGCAUUGUGCAACUUUUUAAACUUGGGUUGUCUCAGCCCAGUCUGACUGCUCUGACAGCUAGCAGUGCUGGUGGAGUCCUGGCUGGAGCCUUCUGCAAUGAAAAUCCUGAAUUAAUCAGAGCUGUGGUCUUAAGGGCACCAUUUUUGGAUGUUCUUCAGACAAUGCAGGACCCAUCUCUGGCACUGACUAUAGAAGAGCAGGAGGAGUGGGGGGACCCAGCAAUGAACUCAUCUCACAGAGACUACAUUGCCAGCUACUGCCCCUUCAAAAACUUGCGACCACAGAAGUAUCCCUCCAUCUUCAUCACUGCUUAUGAAGAAGACCAGAGGGUUUCACUACAGAGUUUGUGGAGAUACAUCAACCGACUCAAAGAUGUAGUUGCAACAUAUGAAGAAGUAAAUGGAAAAGCAGGUUUAUCAUCUACAAUCAUUUUGGAUAGUUAUCCUGGGAUUGGUCAUUCAGGCCCAACAGAUUUAAAGAAAUCAAUUCAGGAGAGUGCCAGGCAUUUAGCAUUUCUUUACAGAGAACUUGGGAUUAGUACUUAAGUCUCAUGGUGUGAUUCCACUGAUGCGACCCUCUGAAUGGUUUGGUCCAG